GAUGGCGCCGGCUGCGCGGCCCUGGGCGCGGGCCCUGUGGCGGGCCUGCAACUGGCUCAUGGCCGCCUUCUUCGCGCUGGCGGCUUUCGUGCAGGUAAAUGAUCCAGAUGCUGAGCUGUGGGUGGUGAUGUACACGAUACCUGCAGUACUGACUCUGCUUGUGGGAUUUAAUCCUCUUGUCACAGGUAACAUUAUUUGGAAGAGCAUCUCUGCGAUACACAUAUUCUUUUGUGUGGUGUGGGCUGUCGGCUUGGCGUACCACCUCCUGCUUCACACACAACAACACAUCUUACAUGAGGAAGAAGGCAGGGAGCUCUCUGGUCUGGUGAUUAUCACAGCAUGGAUGAGCCUAUGCCACAGUUCCUCAAAGAAUCCAGCUGGUGGAAGAAUUCAGUUGGUUAUUGCCACUGUAAUCACUCUUUUCCCAUUUGUCUCAUGGGUCUACAUAUAUAUAAACAAGGACAUUCGGUCCUCCUGGCCAACUCACUGCAAGACAGUAAUUUAAAUGACUUUAAGAAUCUUGUUAUUAAAAUAAACAUUUUAAGUCAAUGUUUUAUAAACAUUUAGGGUAA